GUCGUUGCUCUUAUCUUAUCCCAUUUCUUCCUCUUUCCUCUCCCUCUCUCUCUCUUACACAAGUUGGUGCUGUCCUUGUUCCUGGACGGACACAUCCGACAUGUCGACGGCGGUGGCGCGGCCCUACGGCGGCGGCUUCCCCGGAUCGGGGAGGGCCAAGGGGGACGAGCUGCUCGGCAAGAAGAUGAGCGACGGGUUCUUCAUCGAGGAGGAGGAGGAGGAGGAGGAGGAGGCGGAGGAGGUGCUCACGGAGAGCUCCUCCAUCGGCGCGCCGUCGCCGUCGAGCUCCUCCAUCGGCGAGGACUCCUCGUCGGAGGUUGGCGGCGACGGGGAGGACGAGGAGGUGGAGAGCAAGCUCAAGGAGGAGCCCGGGCUCGGGUGCCUGGACGCCCUGGAGGACUCCUUGCCCAUCAAGAACGGGCUGUCGAGCUUCUACGCCGGAAAGUCAAAGUCAUUCACCAGCCUCGCGGAGGCGGCGGCGCGGGACGCCGUGAAGGAGCUCGCCAAGCCGGAGAACCCCUUCAACAAGCGCCGCCGCAUCCUGGCCACCUGGUCCCGCCGCGCCUCCUGCAGCUCGCUGGCCACCGCCACCUACCUGCCCCCGCUCCUCGCCCCCGACCACGCCCUCCCCGAGGGGGAGGAAGGCGAGGAGGACGACGACUCCGACUCCGGCUCCGACGAGCAGCACCGCGGCAAGAACGGGUGGGAGGCACCGGCAUUGCCGCCCCCGAGGCUGAGCGUGAACACCCAGAUGGGCGCGGCGGCGGCGAGGAAGGGCGGCAGCUUCAGAUCGCCGAGGUCCUACUCGCUCUCAGAUCUUCGAAAUGGCGGCGAUGCGAGAUAUAACCAGUAGCUGCGAAUUCGCAGCCAUUGAUCUGUCUUGUGUCCCGUAGAUCUGUUACUACUACUUACUCCUUAAUUAUAUAUAAGCAAGUAAUCGCAAGAGCAUGUGUAAGUGUCUAAGCUAAAUUCGUCGUGUUCUUGUAUCCGUCAGUUGGAUCCCGUUGACCUCGCUCACCCGACCCUAUGUACGCAGACAUGUAUGAACUGCUCCGGCGAACUGAGUUCACCGAACUGAUCCAACACCCCGGCCAUCAUUAACUAAUGAUGAACCGUCCUCAAGAUAAGAUUAGUUAGUUUAAUGGCAUUGCUCCCGAUCCCUUUGUGUACAAACAUAUAUACAAUUUGUUGAUCCAA